AUGGUUACGUUCAACGACUCAACUGACAUCCACAAGAUGCUGCAGCCGUCCUGCAUACUCACACAUCAGUCGCCAGCCCUGCGACGCAAACAGCUGAUGUGGCAGAAUGCCGUCAAACACAUCAUCAGCCAACGGGGCCUGAAGGAGCAGUUUGGCUUGGAGCCGGCCCGGAAGAUUCACGUCACUGAUGCCUACAUUGAUGAAAUUAACCAACAGAUACGCAGCAAAGCAUCACGGGGUAUUACCAAACGCCGUUCCUCUAUCGCCAGGGUUCAUCCAUCUUUUUUCGGAGAGCGUAGCGACUCUUCUGGCACGCAGUCACGAACGUCUGCGGACUACAUCAGCGACGCUGACUUUUUUGUGCACUGGGGCCACAUAAUCCACGGGGUAUAUGUGCCUACAUUGAGACACACCUUCAAAUCCCGAGACCUAGAGAAACUUUACCAGCGCCAUUCCUCGCACACUAGAAGAACUUCAUUGGUUGUCACCAACAUCAUUGAUGUAGCCGCCAAGCUGCAUCUGUUUUUGCUCUACGUGGCCAUGGCACCGGGGGGCUUGGACGCAUGGCUGGGAUGGUGCACAGGGUUCUUUAUGGUCUGUGCAGUUGCACUGUGCGUUUUGGUACUCACCUGCAAACGUUCGCAUUCUCCGAGAUGGUUGCUUUAUGCUGGCAUGGCUAGCUGGCUGUCACAGACAACUCAGGUAUUGGGUGGACUGGCAUACGGGUUGGAGAGAGACCAGUCAUGGUAUGUCCUGUUUACCCUGUUUGCCACAUACACUCUGCUACCACUACCAUUGCUUUGGGCUAUUGGGGCUGGAACACUCACCUCAACACUGCACCUCAUUGCAGAGGCCGUACGCCACUUCAGUGAAGUAGGACUGCUGAGAAAGAUUCUUGCCAAGGCUUUACUGUACAUCAGUAUGAACGUUGCCGGUUUGUUUAUCCAUUACCUGACGGAUCGAUCCCAGAGACAAGCUUUCCUCGAGACGCGGCGCUGCAUCGAAGGCCGCAUGAAGCUGGAAACUGAAAACCAGAGACAGGAGCGUUUGGUGCUGUCUAUCCUGCCUCGCUUUGUUGCCUUGGAAAUGAUCGCUGAUAUGACCUCUAUGGAUGAUGAGCUCGAUCCACAGGAAUUUCACAAAAUAUACAUCCAUCAGUAUAAAGAUGUCAGCAUCCUCUUUGCUGAUUUAAAAGGAUUCACGCUGUUAUCCAUGAACAUGUCUGCUCAAGAGUUAGUGGGCUUACUCAAUGAGCUCUUCGGACGUUUUGAUCGGCUGGCCGAGGAGUAUCACUGUUUGAGAAUAAAGAUCUUGGGAGACUGUUACUACUGUGUGUCCGGGGUACCAGAGCCUCAGCGGGCACAUGCCAACUGCUGUGUGGAGAUGGGAUUGGCCAUGAUCAGCACCAUCAGAUUUUUAAGGAAACAACUGAACUUUGACAUUGACAUGCGGAUUGGGAUCCACUCUGGUUCGGUUCUCUGUGGUGUUCUGGGCCUGCAGAAAUGGCAGUUUGAUGUUUGGUCAUGGGAUGUGGGCAUUGCCAACAUGCUUGAAGCAGGAGGGAUCCCUGGACGCAUCCACAUUUCACGUGCAACCCUGGACUGCCUGGAUGGAAGCUACCAGACAGAAGACGGGCGUGGAUAUGAACGCAAUGAGUUUCUUCGAAAACACAACAUUGACACGUUCCUCAUCUGCCACAAGGAAGAGGACCUGGAUCGAGUUGAAGCCGAAACUCCGAAACCAAGACAAAAGAUCUUGGCAUCCUUCAGCAAUCCCUCUUACACACAGCUCCCUAAUUCCUCAGCGCUUAGGUCAACAUCCAAGGAGAUCAACAAACGAAUCGAGCACGCCAUUGAUCUCCGCUGCAGUGAGCGUAUGCGUCAGGAACACAUCACGCCGGCCACAUUGGUGUUUAAAGACACACACAUUGAGGAAAAGUUCUCACAGGUGAGGGAUGAGAUGUUUAAGACCAAUCUGGUCUGCUCUUUCAUCAUGUUUGUGCUCCUCUUGGCUGUCCAAGCCCUCAUCCCUUCGCCCAGGUUGUAUCAGUGGUCAGCAGUGCAGUUUUGUCUGUUCCUCUUUGGCUAUACGGUUUUGCUGGUAAUGGCUCUGGCUGAGGAGUUCAAAUAUUGCCCGGGUGUCAUUCUGCAGCUCUGCUGCUGGAUCCAUGAAAACGAUAAAAUGCGCAACCUACUCACCGUUACAGCUAUAGCUAUUAACUUUGGCAUCGCCCCCUGUGAUAUGAUAUGGUGCAGUUCUACCGAGACAGGGGACAUCGGCACCAAUGACACAGAGGAACAUCAGACCACCCAAAUACCGCUUACUGUGUGCACCUAUCCAGAGUUCUUCGUCCUGAGUGGCGUGGUGUCUAUGGUGACCUGUGCUGUGUUCCUGAGGAUGAGCUCUCUGUUAAAGUUGACUAUUCUGUUGCUGGUGGUGGCCGUCUAUGCAUACUUUAUUGAAUUGUCAUUUCACAUCCUGUAUUUAAAUCAGUCAGGGCAGGAACAGUUAAGUAGGUCUCACUACCUCAGAAGGGAAGGAGUCUCAAUUCUGUUGAUGGGAAUGUUCGUCAUUGCUGUGUUCUACAAUGGUCGACGGUGGGAAGCUACAGCACGGCUGGACUUCCUGUGGCGUCUGCAGGCUCAACAGGAAGUUCAGGAGAUGAGAGAGCUGAGGGAACACAAUGAGUGUCUGCUCCAUAACAUCCUGCCCGCACACGUCGCAAGUCACUUCCUGGAGAGAAACAGAAAUGAUGAGGAGCUGUACUCUCAGUCAUACGAUGAGGUGGGAGUGAUGUUUGCCUCUAUAGCUGGCUUCAAUGACUACUAUGAGCAGAAAGAGAUCAAACAUGAGGCGGUUGAUUGUCUUAGACUGCUCAAUAAUAUCAUUGCCGACUUUGAUGAGCUUUUAGAGGAGACAUAUUUUAUAGACAUUGAGAAAAUAAAAACUAUUGGCAGUUGCUACAUGGCUGCAUCCGGUCUAUCACCCAAACAGUCUCAUGUUGGAAAUGCCUGGCAUCAUCUCAGCGAGUUGGUUCUUUUCGCUCUGGCCAUGCAGGAGACCCUAAGAGAGAUCAACAAAUACUCAUCAAACAAUUUCCAGCUCCGUAUCGGAAUUGCCCACGGUCCUGUUGUUGCGGGUGUCAUAGGGGCCACCAAACCCCAGUAUGAUAUAUGGGGCAUGACAGUAAACCUAGCGAGUCGGAUGGACAGCAAUGGGGUCAAUGGAAGGAUUCAGGUUCCCGAGGCCACGCGCAAUAUUCUGGCCGACUGGGGCUUUGUGUUUGAGCUGCGUGGUGAGAUAUUCAUAAAGGGAGUCAGUGAGCGACAGGGAGGUGUCCGGACGUACUUCAUAAGCACCAAAAGGCGUGAGAUGACAAAUAAUGGCAAUGUCCAGGACAAGAAAGGGCACAGUGGAAGAACAACCCUGGCCGCUGUGGUCUUCGGCCUGGUGCAAGCCAUUCACAGAGAGAAACAAAGGGGCACCAAUGGAGGUUUUACUUUGCCAAGCAAUAACUUCACCGCAUGA